AUGUCCUCAUCACAGCGAUACCGCCGUGCUGCGAAAGAGGAGCCCACAGACACGACCACGUCUUCUAUUCCUCCGACCUCCUCGGGCGCUCAAGAGAAAGCAGAGCUUAAGAAAGCCGUCAAGGAGCAAGCCGCUGCGACGUCAAAUGGCUUAUCCGUGCUGGACAUACUGCGCAUACUAGGUGGCGUCCUCCUAUUGAGUUGCGGGUUGAGCUAUCUGAGUACAAGUGGAGAAAGCAUGACAUGGGGAUAUAAUGCAUGGUGGACCAGAGCUCGAGAGUGGAAGAGCCUCAUGCAAGGAGAACUCACCCUAACCGAUGCUGAAUUGGCUCUAUAUGACGGCAGCGACCCCUCAAAACCGAUCUACCUCGCUCUAAACGGUACAAUUUACGACGUUUCCAUUUCGCCUACGACCUACGGACCCGGCGGCUCAUACCACUUUUUCGCGGGCAAAGACGCAGCGCGCGCCUUCCUUACGGGUUGUUUCGCCGAAGACACUGUGCCCGAUCUACGCGGCGUAGAGGAAAUGUUCAUACCCGUUGAGCCCGAAGAGAAAGCCGGUCUGACACAGGAAGAAAGAGAAGUGGAAAUGGAAAAGGCGCGGAAGAGGAAACCAUUGAGCAAGGGAGAACUGAAGAACAGGCGUGCACAGGAACUCAAGAGCGCUAGAAAACAGAUGGUUGCCGGUCUGGAGGGCUGGCAUAUGUUGUUCCGUGGAGACAAGGGUAAGCCGUAUAGGCGGGUAGGCUAUGUCAAGAGGGAACCUGGAUGGCAGGACAAAAUGCCUAAGAGGGGCUUGUGCGAGCAGGCCGAAAAGGGCAGGCCGGUUCGGAAAUAUGAACAAUAG